CAAAAGGGUGCAGAUAUAUCUUUGACAGUAGGAUCUGAAAAGAGGAAUGCUUUACACACUGCAUCAGAGCACGGAAGUAUUGCAGCAAUUGAGUUAUUGCUCUCUCAUGGUUUAAGUGUUAAUUCGAGAGAUGGGAAGGGAAACACACCAUUAAUGUGUGCAGCAGCUUUUGGACAGAUAGAGUCUGUAAAUUGUCUUCUUAAACACGGAGCAGAUCCAUCACUGAAAGGGAAAGGUGGAUGGAGCCUUCUUCAUUGUGCUGCUCAGUCUGGCAAUGUCAUCAUUAUUGAGACCAUGCUUUCUAAAGGUCUUGAUAUUGAUUCCAGAGGUGAAACUCUGGGUUUAACCCCUCUGAUGGUUUCCAUAAUCUUUGAAAAAUUGGAGGCAGCAAAAUAUCUGCUUGAGAAGGGUGCUGAUGAAAGUUUGAAAACCACUGAGAGAAAAAUCUCUCUUUUGUCCCUUGCAUCAGCAGGUGGUUCUGUUGCAGCCAUUGAGAUGUUGCUCUCACAUGGUUGUAGCAUUGUUUCUAGAGAUAAUGAGAGAAACACGCCAUUGAUGCAUGCUGCACGUCUUGGAAAUACAGAGGUUUUAAAAUAUCUUCUUGCUCAAGGUGCUGAUCCAUUACUUCAAAAUAAAUUCGGACAAGGUCUGCUCCAUUUUGCUGCUCUUUCUAACAAUGCUGUCACUAUUGAGGCUGUGCUCUCUCAAAAUUUUGACAUAAAUGCUAGAUGUACUGACCUUGGUUUAACACCACUGUUGUUUUGCUUGAUAAACGGUAAACUGGAGGCUGCAAACUAUCUGCUUGCAAUGGGUGCUGAUGAAAAUUUGAAAAGUAAGGACGGGUUGACUGUUCUAUCUGCUGCAGCAAUCAGUGGUGACGUUGCAGUCAUUGAGAUGCUGCUUGAGCGUGGUCACAACCCUAAUUCCAGGGAUGGUUGUGAUGAGACACCCUUAAUGUGGGCUGUACGGGCGGGAAAUAAAGCAGCUGUCGAAUAUCUUCUUCCUCUUACACACGAGAGUGUUGUGAAAGGCCACAGAGGCCCACACUUUUAA